UUCGAGAUCUUCCUUGUCUGUCCAGUCGUCUCCCGCCACCGCGUCGUGUACCACCUCCUUAACCAGCAGCCCCUCCGUCCUCUCGUCACUGGCUGGCGCGGGCCUAGCGCACAAAGUCCUCGCUCGCCUGCCUGCCUCUCACGACCUUGCGGAUGGAUCUUCCUCCGCGGCGGCCGGAGCCGGCGGCCAUCGACAUCACGUGGCUGUCGUGCCGGGGCGUCAGGUCCUCGCUCCCGUUCCACACGCCGUGCCUCUACGCAUCCGUCUGCGUCACGUCGUACGCCGGCAAAAGCGCCCGCGGCCGACGUCUCCACCGCGUCAAGACCCCCACCGACCGUGUCGGCGGUGAGAACCCGGAGUGGGACGAGCGCCUGCGGCUCCACCUCACCGACGACGCCGCCUCCUCGCCAGCGUCAGACUCAGGGCAAGAAUCACCGGGGAAUAACAAGGACGGGUGCGCGGACGACGACGUCCUUGUCGUGCGCUUCGACCUCAAGGCGGAGGUGGCCGUCCUCGGGGACGUGCUCGCCGCGUCCGCCGUCGUGCCGCUCGCUGGCCUCGUCGCCGACGGCAGGACGCACCGCGUGUCGUACCAGCUCGCCGCGUCAUCCGACGGCAGGCAGCCCAACGGCGUCAUCUCCUUCUCGUACGCAUUCCACGACCGAAGCAACCAGGAGGAGGAGGACCACAGGAGCGACGGCGAGCCCGUCACGCCGCCUUCCCCGGUCUCCCUCGCGCCAGCGUCGCCCGGGAUGUACCCGGCGAUAGACUGGCCGUCCAUAGAGCAGCUCACGGUUUACCCGCCCUUGAUGGAGAAGAUCGCGAUUUACCCGCCGUUGGCGGCCGAGACGGUCACGGCCACGCGCUCGAGCCACUGCUACUACGCUUCUGCGCCGCCGCCAGAGACUCCGGUACGGUCGGCUGCGAUCUACCCAGCACCAUUGACGAGGGAGAUUUCGGCCCGUGGCAUUUACCCGGCAGUAGGGGAGCCGGACAACGGUUUGUACCCCACGGUGGACCUUGCUCCGGUGAGCUGUUACCCGCCGAUGGCGACGCCGUGCUACGGUGGUGGAUUCGGGUAUCCAGCUGUGCCGGAUUGGGAUACCCGGUGUUUGUACAGUUGAAACUUGUUACGUUUGUUCAUGACUCCCUCCAGCGUGGAGGUGGAGGAUGCCGGUGGUUUGUACUUUGUGUGAACCCUUUUUUUUUACUACAAGAUUGUACUUGGUGUGAAUUUUUUUCUUUUUUUGAGAUAUGGUGUGAUUUUUUUU